GUUGGGCCAUACUGGGAGCGGACUGAGAGGUACUGGGCCAUACUGGGAAGGACUGGGAGGUGUUGGGCCAUACUGGGAGCGGACUGGGAGGUGCUGGGCCGUACUGGGAGCGGACUGGGAAGUGCUGGGCCAUACUGGGAGCGGACUGGGAGGUGCUGGGUCGUACUGGGAGCGGACUGGGAGGUACUGGGUCAUACUGGGAGCGGACUGGGAUGGGAAACGGCGGGUGCUGGUUUAUACUGGGAGGCACUGGUUUAUACUGGGGGACCCCCAGGUCACAACGCCGACGACAUCGCCGAGACCGUGCUGAUGAACUUCCUGCGGGGCGACGUGGCCCGGCUGCGCCGUGCGGCCACCGAGGCCACCAGUAUGGCUACCGAGGCCACCAAUAUGGCCGCCGGGGUCAACAAUACGGCUGCCAGGAAUCCCGGUUCAACGGUGGCCACCAAAACCCCAACGGUGGCUACUGAAGAUUCUGUGGGGGCAACUAAGAGUCCAGCAAAGAUUUCGAUGGAUUCUGGGGCCACCAAAAACGCAAUGGUGGCCACCAAAGACCCAACAGAGGCCACUGAGAGCCCAACGAAGAUCUCAACGGUUUCUGUGGCCACCAAAGACCCAAUGGAGGCCACCAAGAGCCCAACGAAGAUCUCAACAGCUUCUGUGGCCACCAAAGACCCAACGGAGGCCACCAAGAGCCCAACAAAGAUCUCAACGGCCUCUGUGGCCACCAAAAACCCAACAGAGGCCACCAAAGACCCAAUGGAGGCCACCAAGAGCCCAACGAAGAUCUCAACGGCUUCUGUGGCUACCGAAGACCCACCAACGGCCACCAAGAGCCCAACGAAGAUCUCAACGGCUUCUGUGGCCACCAAAGACCCAACGGAGGCCACCGAGAGCCCAACGAAGAUCUCAAUGGUUUCUGUGGCCACCAAAGACCUAAUGGAGGCCACCAGGAGCCCAACGAAGAUCUCAGUGGCUUCUGUGGCUACCGAAGACCCACCAACGGCCACCAAGAGCCCAACAAAGAUCUCAGUGGCUUCUGUGGCUACCGAAGACCCACCAGAGGCCACCAAAACCCCAACGGAGACCACCAACCCCACCCCGACCUCCUCGCCCCCCUCAACCCCACCGAGGACCACCGUCACCAAACCCCCCGGAACCAAACCCACCUCCCUUCACCCCCAAGUCCCCCGACCCCUGGUUGGUAGCCCGUGGCCAGCGGUCCCUCGUUGCAAACCUUUGAGGAACGCCUACGAGAAGGAAAUCGUCCUCUACGCCUACUUCCAAGGCUUGGAUUACGUCAGCACCGAAUGCAUCUACGCCCCCCACGCCUACCGUGGCCACGCCAGGGCCCUUUUAAAAGAUUUAGAAGCCACCAGACCCAGUUCGGUAGCCGCUUUAGGUCAUUCGGGUCGUAGGUUGGCGGUGGGUAGCCACGUGGCUACUAAAACGUUGGGGGCUUGCGUGAGGUGCGGGUUUGCAGCCAGCCAGGAGAUGUGCAAGGCUUGCGUGUUGGUGGCGUCGUUGGAGAAGGGGAUGCCACGUUUGGGGUUGGGGAAGAGGGCGGUGGGGGUGGGGG